AUGACUAUCCUCAUUGAUCAACAUGAUUGUUUUGGAUCUGAGGUAGAGGCAAAGACAGUGACAGAGAAUGAGACAGAACUUGUUUUGGACGGUGGAUUUGUUAUGCCACAGGCCAACUCAUUUGGUCACACUUUUAGGGAUUAUGCUGCUGAAAGUCAGAGGCAAGAAGGGGUGGAGAAUUUCUAUAGAAAAAACCACAUUUACCAAUCCUUUGAUUUUGUGAGGAAAAUGAGAGAGGAGUAUGGAAAAUUGAAGAGGGUAGAAAUGAGUAUAUGGGAAUGUUGUGAACUUCUUAAUGAAGUGGUGGAUGAAAGUGAUCCUGAUUUGGAUGAACCACAAAUAGAGCAUUUGCUACAAACAGCUGAAGCUAUAAGAAAGGAUUACCCAAAUGAAGAUUGGCUCCACUUAACUGGCCUUAUCCAUGAUCUUGGGAAAGUGCUUCUCCUCCCAAGUUUUGGAGGACUUCCUCAAUGGGCUGUUGUAGGUGACACAUAUCCAGUUGGCUGCAGAUUUGAUGAAUCCAUUGUUCAUCACAAGUAUUUUAAGGAAAAUCCAGACUAUAACCACUCUGCAUACAACACUAAAUAUGGGAUAUACUCUGAGAAAUGUGGACUUAACAAUGUUAUGAUGUCAUGGGGACAUGAUGACUACAUGUAUCUAGUUGCAAAGGAAAACAAAACUACUCUUCCCUCAGCUGCUAUGUUCAUUAUAAGAUACCAUUCAUUUUAUGCCUUGCAUAGGGAGGGAGCCUAUAAACACUUGAUGAAUGAUGAGGAUGUUGAGAAUCUCAAAUGGCUCCAAAUUUUCAAUAAAUAUGAUCUCUAUAGCAAGAGCAAAGUUCGAAUUGAUGUUGAAAAAGUGAAACCAUACUAUGUAUCACUCAUUGAGAAGUACUUUCCUGCAAAGCUGAAUUGGUGA